UUGCACGUGAUUUACCGUUGCCGCCAUGCAUUAUCUACCCGCUGCCAGCUCCAUCGCUGCGGAGAGCCUGUGGCCAGUCUUUUGUCUAAUGAUGGGAUGGUCAUUGGUUUGGAAAACUAACAAGAACCUCUUGAAUAAUGCACCAGCACGCGCGAAGCCAACAAGUGUGAAAUUGGGCUCCGUACAACGCGACGACGGUAUGGUGGCCUUAAAGGUGUUGGUCCUAACUGUGCGCCAGAUGACCACCAAAGGAACGGUGCAUUUCAAGGGUGCGCAGAUGAAUAGCAAGUACCGGCACUUGCUGACAUCGGUGAGAAUCUGCCAUUCGUGCUGAUGGCGAACACAAUUACAUAAAUGUUUGUUUGGCCAACAAUAGGCCGCUGCAGCAGUGGCAGCAGCAGAAACAGCAACCACAAC